UAUAAGAAAGAAAAUGCCUUGUGUACCUUGUUGUAGGUAGGAAAAGAAAAAGAGAGAAAAUAUGUAUAGGUGUUGGGUUAAAAGUAAACAAAAACCGUAGAAAAGGAAUUGUAGGUGAAUAAUACUAGUCCUCCAAUAAAAUGCAUAGAUCCCUAUGAAUCCAUUCCUUCACAUACAUCAAACCAAAUUUUAGGUACCGAGGAACCACUUCCACCACUACUUCUACUUCUUCUACCAAAAAUUCACGUGGAAUCCAAUUAGUACAACACACUACCCAACAUUCUGCUCCAAACUUGGUAAUGUUCGUAGUAACAUUUUCUCAAACACCGUGCAUUCGACAACAACAACAGCACUAACAGUAACCACAUUUCCAUCAUCCACGGCAAAUGUCUCCGCCGCAGUCGCAGUAACUAUUAAACCGCCGGUUAGAGAAACUAAAACAGAAUGCAAGAGACGCUGUUAAAUGUUUCAGAGGUGCAACAGCUUCAAGACACUAAUGCAAGCAAGAACAAAUCGGAGGAGAUGGAAGUGGUUGUAGUUGCAACAUCUUGCCGUCGACCACCGCGGACACGGCGCGUGUCACCGACGACGGUGGAGAAAGAGCUUCCGAACGGUGAUGUGUAUAGUGGAAGCUUAUCCGGGAACACGCCGCACGGGAAAGGGAAAUAUGUUUGGUGUGAUGGAUGUAUGUAUGAAGGAGAAUGGAAGAAGGGAAAAGCGUGGGGGAAAGGGAAGUUUUCGUGGCCUUCAGGAGCGACUUAUGAAGGUGAUUUCGUUUCUGGUAGAAUGGAAGGUUCUGGAACUUUUGUUGGUGUAGAAGGUGACACGUAUAGAGGUUGUUGGAUUUCUGAUCGGAAACAUGGAUUUGGUGAGAAAUGUUAUGCGAAUGGUGAUGUGUAUGAAGGGUGGUGGAGGUUCAAUUUACAAGAUGGGGAAGGGAAGUAUAUGUGGAAGAACGGGAAUGAGUAUGUUGGAGAGUGGAAAUGUGGAGCUAUAUCGGGGAAUGGGAGGUUGAUGUGGAAGAACGGAAACCGUUAUCAAGGUUGUUGGGAUAACGGAGUGCCGAAGGGGAAAGGUGUGUUUACGUGGCGUGAUGGGAGUGUUUCGGCUGGGAAUUGGGGGAAUGAGGAAGAGAGGAAUGUGAAUAAGAGGGUUUCUGUUUCUGUGUCUGUGGAUGGUUCUAAGAGUGUGGUUUUUCCGAGGAUUUGUAUUUGGGAACUUGAUGGGGAAGCUGGUGAUAUUACUUGUGAUAUUGUUGAUAAUGUGGAAGCGUGUAUGUUUUAUAGAGAUGGAAGUGAAUCGGAGAAUGGUGGUGGUGAUGCAGGGUAUGGAUAUGGACCCUCACCGUUGUUGCAGAAGAGUCCUUGUUAUUCGCAAGAUGGGGAUGUUAAGAAACCUGGUUUUACUGUUUCUAAGGGGCAUAAGAGCUAUGAUUUGAUCCUUAAUCUUCAACUGGGUAUUAGAUAUUGUGUUGGGAAGCAUGCUUCGGUGCCUCGAGAGCUUAGGUCGGGAGAUUUUGAUCCAAAGGAGAAGUUCUGGACGAGGUUCCCUCCGGAAGGCUCUAAGUUUACGCCUCCGCAUCAAUCGGUGGACUUCAGGUGGAAAGACUACUGUCCAGUGGUGUUCAGGCAUCUGAGGGAAUUAUUUGCUAUAGAUCCCGCCGAUUACAUGCUUGCGAUUUGUGGCAAUGAUACACUGAGGGAAAUGUCUUCACCUGGCAAAAGUGGAAGCUCCUUUUACCUUACUCAAGAUGACCGUUUUAUUAUCAAGACCUUGAAGAAGUCUGAAGUCAAGGUGUUGAUCAAGAUGCUUCCCAGUUACUAUCAGCAUGUUUCUCAGUACAAGAACUCAUUGGUUACAAAGUUCCUAGGAGUUCAUUGUGUCAAACCUAUUGGGGGACAAAAGACUCGGUUUAUUGUAAUGGGAAAUGUGUUUUGUUCGGAGUAUCGGAUUCAUAAGCGGUUUGACCUUAAAGGUUCUUCUCAUGGCCGUACAACCGAUAAACCCCGUAAGGAGAUUGAUGAGACUACUACUCUUAAAGACCUUGAUCUUAGUUUUAUCUUUCGCCUGGAGCAAUCUUGGUUUCAAGAGCUUAAAUGGCAACUUGAUAAAGACUGUGAGUUCCUGGAAGCAGAGGGAAUAAUGGACUACAGCUUUCUCAUUGGCCUUCAUUUUCGUGAUGAUUACUUAACCGAUGAAAUGAAAAAUUCACCUAAUGAAUUGAGUACAGGCAAGAGAGACAUACAAAAUGAUGACAUGCAGGACAUGAGGUGGAUACCCAUAGGCCGGGGACCUCUAAUCCGGCUGGGAAUAAACAUGCCAGCAAGAGCGGAGAGAGUGUGUAAAGCUGGAUUGGAUCAGCAGCACACUGGAAGUAGCAAAUUUACCUCUUCAAAGAGUAGUGGUGAGAUCUCUGAUGUAAUCCUAUAUUUUGGCAUCAUUGACAUUCUCCAAGACUAUGAUAUUAGCAAAAAGCUAGAGCAUGCAUACAAGUCACUACAAGUGGACCCCGCCUCGAUCUCAGCCGUUGAUCCCAAGCUAUAUUCCAAAAGGUUUAGGGAUUUCAUACACAGAAUCUUUGUAGAGGACAAAUGACAUGGUUGGAGAGAGGCAAUAGGAGAAUUGAACCAGGACACAUUUUAAUUAGCAUCCGAAUAUCUGAGCUGGUGCUGCAAACAUUGGUAAUUAAAAAAUCUCAAACAGAAAUGAGGCCUUGCUUAUUGCUAUUGAUGGCUAAGUUUUUCUCACAGCCAUUGCAAAUGGAAUGAGGCAGGGAACAGGGCACGGUAUGCUUUUUUGUUUUCAUUUAGUGGGAGAGAUUGUCAAGAAUAGUUGUUUGUGAUGAGAUUUUUUAAUUUAUUUCUUUAUGUUAUGGUUGUGGAGAAGGGUAUAGGGAAUAGAAAUAUGAGGGAUUCAAACUUGACCAUGGUGGUGGGGUAAAUAACUAACUGUACAUACAGUCAAAGAUGGAUAAUGAAAUUGAAUGAAAUGAUGAAUGAAUGAAUGAGUUUACAUCUUUGGUUGGAUUGGAUUGGAGAGAGAUAAAAAGUGGAUGAUUUGCCUGGUGAGCAAGAAAGAAAAGUUCCUACAGAGGACCCCUCAUUCUGUCAGUUUCUCGCUUUCUCUGCUGUAUCAGUAUGCAUUCAAAUGGGUGUUUUCUCACUUUUGCAGUGAGUAAAGCAUAAAGCAUAAAAAGAAGAGAAAGAAAGAGUUGGGUGUUUCCUUGGUUAAUGUUCUUUCUUUGUCACUCUAUAACCAAGUUUGAAAAAGCAUAAUGACAAUAAUACAAGAGUAUGUACU